GCGGCCCCGGGGCGCGGAGCGAGAGCCCGGCGCGGGGAGCAGCGAGCGCAGCCAUGCCCCAGGCCGCCUCCGGGGCAGCAGCAGCGGCGGCCGGGGCCGGGGCGCUGGCCGGGGGCGCCGGGGGGCCGGCGGCGGCCCGGGCGGGACGAUGAAGCGGCAGAACGUGCGCACGCUGGCGCUCAUCGUGUGCACCUUCACCUACCUGCUGGUGGGCGCCGCGGUCUUCGACGCGCUGGAGUCGGAGCCCGAGAUGAUCGAGCGGCAGCGGCUGGAGCUGCGGCAGCAGGAGCUGCGGGCGCGCUACAACCUCAGCCAAGGCGGCUACGAGGAGCUCGAGCGCGUCGUGCUGCGCCUCAAGCCACACAAGGCCGGCGUGCAGUGGCGCUUCGCCGGCUCUUUCUACUUCGCCAUCACCGUCAUCACCACCAUCGGCUAUGGCCACGCAGCUCCCAGCACGGAUGGCGGCAAGGUGUUCUGCAUGUUCUACGCGCUGCUGGGCAUCCCGCUCACGCUCGUCAUGUUCCAGAGCCUGGGCGAGCGCAUCAACACCUUCGUGAAGUACCUGCUGCACCGCGCCAAGAGGGGGCUGGGCAUGCGGCGCGCCGACGUGUCCAUGGCCAACAUGGUGCUCAUCGGCUUCUUCUCGUGCAUCAGCACGCUGUGCAUCGGCGCCGCCGCCUUCUCCUACUACGAGCACUGGACCUUCUUCCAGGCCUACUACUACUGCUUCAUCACGCUCACCACCAUCGGCUUCGGCGACUACGUGGCGCUGCAGAAGGACCAGGCGCUGCAAACGCAGCCGCAGUACGUGGCCUUCAGCUUCGUCUACAUCCUCACCGGCCUCACGGUCAUCGGCGCCUUCCUCAACCUCGUGGUGCUGCGCUUCAUGACCAUGAACGCCGAGGACGAGAAGCGCGACGCCGAGCACCGCGCGCUGCUCACGCGCAACGGGCAGGCGGGCGGGGCCUGCGGCGGCGGCGGCGGGGGUGGCGCGGGCGGCAGCGCGCACACCACGGACACCGCCUCGUCCACGGUGGCGGCCGGCGGCGGCGGCGGCGGCGGCUUCCGCAACGUCUAUGCCGAGGUGCUGCACUUCCAGUCCAUGUGCUCGUGCCUCUGGUACAAGAGCCGCGAGAAGCUGCAGUACUCCAUCCCCAUGAUCAUCCCGCGGGACCUCUCCACGUCCGACACAUGCGUCGAGCAGAGCCACUCGUCGCCGGGAGGGGGCGGCCGCUACAGCGACACGCCCUCGCACCGCUGCCUCUGCAGCGGGGCGCAGCGCUCCGCCAUCAGCUCGGUGUCCACGGGCCUGCACAGCCUGUCCACCUUCCGCGGCCUCAUGAAGCGCAGGAGCUCCGUAUGAAGGCCCCGCGGGGCCUGGAGCACCUGGGAGCGCGGGCCGGGGGCUCCUGCGGGGAGGAGCAGCUGGGUCGGGGAGGGAGCCGCCCCAGCCGCCUUCGGCCCGUGGGGCGCCCCCCACACCCCUCACCACCC